CAAACAAAAGUUGUGAAGAUCAAACAAUUAAUGGCAAUAAGGAUGGGCAACUAUGGCAGAUGGAGCAAAGUAUCUUUUUCUAAAGUGGACUUCAGCCAACCAGCUGAAGCAGUAUGGGGUUUUGUUUGUGUGGGAGCGGAUGCCUGCUUUUUGUUCUUAAAGUGACCUAUGUUCACUGCCCAGUCCAUGGAAUUCAGCACUAUCCUGCAUUCUAUACCUUUGUGACAACACCAUAGACUUUGAAUGCUGCCUUCGGUUCUGCCAAGGAGAGAAAGAUAUAUCAAGUUGGGCUUGGCUUUGUAGGCCAGAUGGGACUUUUGAUCAUGUUACUUCUGAUGCAGAAAUUACUGCCUGCGCCAAGUCUCCAAAGAUUCAGUCGAUCUGUCCCAGAAGACUUCAUCGCGCCCUUGGAGCUUCAGCAGAAACAUUUUGGCUUAGUGGAUGAUUAUGGCCUUAAACCACGCCAUCCCAAGUUCCAGAUACGGAAACGGCGUAAGGAGUCAGAAACAUUGCACAGAACACAUAAAAGCAAGAGGGAUGAACCAAAUUUUGAAGAGUAUUAUUACGAUGACCUCCUUUGAAAAAUGACAAGAGAAACAUCCUGUUUUGCAUAGUCUUGCUUGAUAAAACAGCCAAAUGCACAGAGGAAUAAGCCCCAUCCUGUUACUCCACACUAUUCUAGAAACUAUCCAUGCAGCUCUGUAUUUUCUAUGUGUCCCUAAGCACAAUGUUUUAAGGUGAGAUUGGCAUUUGUAAAUUCUUAGCUUUUCUUUCAUGCUUUUAAUUCCAACUAUGCUAAAUAAUAUUUGGAAACUUUUGGCUAUUGGCUGGAGAUAAGACUUCCAAUGCCAGUGUUGAAGCUGUGUAGUGAAAAAUAAGUGUCCAAUAUAGUUUUUAGUGCCAUGACUAUUUUUACCUCUCUGUCACCUUUCCAGUGAUUCUGUCUUUGGAUUAUACCUCACAUACCUCUAAUUUGUAUAAACUAAUGAGCAGAUUUUAUAGUUUACAAUUUCAACAAUUAUUAAAUAGAUCUAGCUCUCAAAAGCCUUUCUGUCUGUGAAGUGCCAUUCAUUUAUGUAAUAUUUAGUAAAAGUACAGAUCCAAAACCCUCUAAGAGCAUUUUAGAGCAUGCCUGCUUAGUAGGUAAUUACUUAUUUGGCUGAAAUAACGGCUGGCAUUAGAGAAAGGCAUUGGUUGUAAAGCUGAUUCAGGUUCCUAAGUUCCAAUAUCUCAAAAGCCUUUAUUUUUAUCCCAUUUUUUAUUUUUUUAUAAAUAACUCAAGGGGGCAAUGAUACAUAAUACUCCUUCCUCCUAUUUUCCUCACAACAAUCUCGUGAGAUGGGUUGAGCUGAGAAUGACUGGUCUGGUUUUUAUGCCUAAGCGGGGCUAGAACUCUCAAGUCUCCUGGUUUCUAUACUUGUGCUUUAAGGCAGGGCUUUUCAGUCUUUUCACCCAUUGUACCACUUUUAGGAUAUGGCAACAUCCAAGUCGCCUAGCAAGGUGUC